CAAUCUCCCAUUGCAAACGUACACACCAUCUCCAACUCUCUCGUUCUCUCUCUCUCCCCCAUUCUUCUCGCUCGCUUCUUUUCUUGUGCCAUUCUUUCAGCGUAACCUUUACGCGCGCGUAGAUACUCUCUCUCUCUCUCUUUUACUGUUGUGUUACGGAAAUGUCGGGACACAGGGGUGGUAGACAGUAUUCUCUGUCUUCGCGGUCGUCGAGCCAGCGAGGAGGCUUCUCUGGGUCUGGACGGGGAAGAGGCCGCGGAAACAGGGGUCGUGGCGACUCCUCUGGCCCCGAGCAAAAUGUUCCUAUGCCGGUCGCUGCGGCUCCUCCCACAUCGCGACCAGCAUUCAUUCCGGUGGCGGCUCCCAAGUGUGGCCAUGUCUCCUGGUCCUUCCUCCUUAGCCUCGACCUCAUCCUCACUAGUUCCAUCUGACAAGCCAGCUGCAAUUUCGGCUUCUGUCUCCGAACUGAACACUAACUUGGCGGGGAGACUGACAUUGGAGCCGGCGCCGAUGCCACCCGCAUCGUCCAAGGCUAUUAGGUUCCCGGCGAGGCCAGGUGUUGGAAAGUCAGGAUACAAGUGUCAGAUUCGAGCAAACCACUUUUUAGUUGAGUUUGCGUAUAGAGAUUUAUUUCAGUAUGAUGUGUCAAUCACUCCUGAGGUAUCAUCUAAGAAGACAAAUCGCUUGGUUAUAGAAGAGCUAGUAGUUUCAUGCAGAGCUUCUCACCUGAAUAAUCGACAACCGGCUUAUGAUGGAAGGAAAUUCCUCUAUACAGCUGGAGCGCUGCCUUUUACAUCUAUGGAAUUUGUGGUCAAGUUAACUAACAUAGAUGCUAGUGUCAGCUCAUCGACCUCCAAGAGGAAUGAACGUGAAUUUAAGGUGGCACUCAAAUUGGCUGGAAAGGCAGACCUUGAUCAUCUACAACAGUUUUUAUCUGCCAGACAAAUAGAUGCGCCAUAUGAAACAAUUCAGGCUUUGGAUAUUGUCCUCAGACAAAUGGCAUCGAAAGAUAACAUUAUUGUGGGAAGAUCGUUUUUCUCACCUGACAUGAGGGGCAACCUUGGAGAUGGCGUGGACUUUUGGUGGGGACAUUACCAAAGCUUGAGACCAACCCAGAUGGGUUUAUCCCUUAAUAUUGAUUUGUCUGCCACGGCAUUCUAUCAGCCAAUUCUGGUGACUGAUUUUUUAAAAGAGAAUUUGAAAAUCAGAGACCUUUCGAGGCCAUUGUCUGAUCAGGAUCGGGUGAAGGUCAGAAGGGCCUUGAAAUUGUUAAAGGUAUCACUUACCUGUGGCCGAUAUCCUAGGGCUUAUAAAAUUUUUGGCAUAUCAGAUCAGCCAUUAAGCGAACUAACGUUUUAUCUUGAUGAAGAGAGGCCAAAUAUGUCCGUGGUCCAAUAUUUUUAUGAAAAAUACAAAACUAAGCUCAAAUUUACUUCUUUGCCUGCAAUUCAAGCUGGAAGUGUAUCAAGUCCUGCAUUUCUGCCUAUGGAGGUUUGCCAAAUUGCUGAUAGACAGAGAUAUACAAAGAAGUUAAACGCUAGACAGAUAACUAACCUGUUAAGAGCAACCUGUCGGCGUCCUAAUCAACGAGAAGAUAAUAUUAAAGAGAUUGCUCAAUCAGUUAAGUUCAGUGAUGCGCUUGUAACGACUGAGUUUGGAAUUCAUGUGGGACGGGAACUUGCUAAGGUUGAAGCUCGAGUUCUGCGCUCACCAACGCUGAAAUAUCACGAUACUGGGGUCCAGUCAAGGGUUGAUCCCCGUUUAGGUCAAUGGAAUAUGAUUAACAAGAAAAUGGUCAAUGGUGGGAGGGUUGAGUUCUGGACAUGUGUGAACUUCUCUGAACAGGUGGAUAGAAAUUUGCCCUUCCAAUUCUGUAGACAAUUGAUUGAAAUGUGUAACAGCAAGGGAAUGGAAUUCAACCCAAACCCACUACUUCCUAUAUGCUCAUAUAAACCAACUGAGAUUGAGAGGGUUCUUGUGGACAUUUACAAUCAAUCGAUGGAAAAACUUCAAAACAUGAAGGGGAAACAACUUCAGUUAUUGAUUGUAAUUUUACCCGAUGUGACUGACUCAUAUGGAAAAAUUAAAAGAGUGUGUGAAACAGAAUUAGGAAUUGUCUCACAAUGCUGUCAACCUGGACAAGCAAAGAAACUCAGCAAGCAAUACUUUGAAAAUAUCGCUCUCAAGAUAAAUGUGAAGGCUGGGGGACGAAACACUGUAUUAGAUGAUGCUAUUGAGGGAAGAAUUCCUUUUCUUACUGAUCGUCCUACCAUCAUUCUUGGAGCUGAUGUGACCCACCCACAACCUGGCAAUGAUUCUUUUCCUUCAAUAGCAGCAGUGGUGGCUUCCAUGGACUGGCCUGAAGCAACCAAGUAUCGAGGAAUUGUAUCUGCUCAGUCACACCGAGAAGAAAUUAUACAAGAUCUUUAUAAAAUAAUUCACGAUCCUGAAAGAGGUCGUGUCCAUGCAGAAUGAUCAGGUGAGGAAGUUACUAUUAUGUUAUUAGUAUCUCAAUUAGUUCCAUCAUAUCAGUUUUGUUCAUGUUUGAAGUUCUACUUAUUUCCCUUGCAGGCUUGUGCCUCCCUGGAGGAAGGAUAUCUUCCGCCAGUUACAUUUAUUGUGGUGCAGAAAAGGCAUCAUACACGUCUUUUCCCUGCUGACCACACAAGGCACAACCUGACAGACAAGAGUGGCAAUAUUCUACCAGGUACCGUGGUUGACACCAAGAUUUGCCAUCCCAGAGAAUUCGAUUUUUAUCUGAAUAGCCAUGCUGGAAUUCAGGGCACUAGUCGUCCUGUGCACUACCAUGUUCUGUGGGAUGAGAACAAAUUCACUGCUGAUGCAUUGCAAGUGCUCACUAAUAAUUUGUGUUACACCUAUGCAAGGUGCACACGGGCUGUUUCAAUUGUGCCUCCUGCUUAUUAUGCGCAUCUAGCUGCUUUUCGAGCUCGGUAUUAUUUAGAAGAAACGAUGGAGUCGGAUAGUGAAUCUGCAAGUGGAGGGAGGAGGGCGAUCACGCCAUUACCUUCCAUCAAAGACAAUGUGAAGAACGUUAUGUUCUAUUGCUGACUUGAUCACAGUUUAGUGUCUUGUGAGGUGGAUUCCCUUCUAGGUGGUCAUUUUUUGGCGCAGCAAUUGGGGAAGUAACAGGAGGAAGAUGUUGCCUUGUUUUGUUUUUGGGUUUCAUCUCUGCAAGCAGUAAGGAUUUUUUAAAAAGACACAUUGAUUAUGAAAUGAGUACAAAAAUUUUACUUCAAUUUCA